UCCAACGGGGGAGAGACGCCGGCCGUCAGUUAUCUUGUCAAAAAUGGCGAGCGAUGAGGUAAAGAUCCUGAAGGAAAAAGCGAAAGAAGCGAUCGACAUAUACUCUCCUGAAUUAUAUGAACUGAACAAAAGUAUUUGGGAAAACCCAGAGCUAGCACUCCAUGAGUCAUACGCUCACGAUCAGCUAACAGAGUUCUUGGCGGAUCAAGGCUUCUAUAUAACUCCUCAUUACACUUUGGAUACAGCUUUCCGAGCUGAAUGCGGAGAGGAUGGAGGACUGACAAUUGGUCUGAUUAGCGAAUAUGAUGCUUUACCCGAAGUAGGACACGCUUGUGGACAUAAUCUGAUCGCUGAAUCAGGUGUAGCAGCGGCUCUAGGUCUCAAGAAUGCUUUGAAUGCAGUUAAUCAGAAACCUAAAGUUAAAGUAGUUCUCAUUGGAACUCCUGCUGAGGAAGUAGAUGGCGGCAAAAUAUCAAUGAUCAAGAAUGGUUGCUUCAAAGAUCUUGACUUUUGUAUGAUGGUUCAUCCAUGUCCGGUAGAUGUUCUCAAACCUGUGAUUUUAUCUAGUGAAGGUGCUACAAUCACCUACAAAGGUCGUGCUGCUCAUGCUGCAGCAUUCCCUUGGGAAGGAAUCAAUGCCCUGGAUGCAGCAGUCAUGGCUUACACGAGCAUAAGUGCACUAAGACAGCAGAUGAAGCCAGAAUGGCGUGUCCACCUUAUUAUUUCAGAGGGGGGUGUCAAGCCAAACAUUAUUCCUGACCGAGCUCAGCUUCAAUGUUAUAUUCGAACAAUGAAUGACAAUGACCUUGAGGUGUUAAAAGAAAAAGUUAAGAAUUGUUUUGAAGCAGCUGCAUCAGCUACAGGGUGCAAAGUCUUUAUGGAGUGGGAAACAGCUACUAAAUAUUCACAUCUGGAAACCAACAACACCCUUGCUGAACUUUACCAAGCCAAUGCUGAGUCCUUAGGAGUUUCAUUUCCACUUGAGGCAAAGUUCUCAGCAUCCACUGAUAUGGGAAAUGUUUCACAUGUAGUUCCUUCCAUCCAUCCCAUGUAUUCUAUUGGCACAACUGCACCCAAUCAUUCUCAUGCAUUCACAACAGCAGCAGCAACAGAAGAAGCUCAUAAGAACACUCUGAUUGCCAGCAAGGCAUUAGCCAUGACAGCUAUUGAUGUGUUGUGCAAACAAGAUUUAAUGGAUAAAGUAAGGAUUGAUUUCAAACAACCAAAUAAUGGUGAAAAUUAACAGCAACACUGAGAAAAAUUAGUGAAUAUAUGAGUCAUUACAAGUAAUAAGGGACAAUUUUUGCGAAAUUACUUCAAGAGAUAUUUAUUUUAAGGUAAAUAACUGACUAUGAGUACAGUGUGUAAUUGAAAAAUUGUUGAAUAUAAAACUACUACAGGUUUGUUGAAA